AGAACCGCGAGCAGUCUGCGCCAGCCGACUGCACAGGUCGCACCGCCUCCCUCUCUCCAGUCCACACCACCGACCCUUAGCUCGGGUGGAGGGCGGCGCAUCGCAAACUAUGAUGUCUUAUCCCAGAAAGACAACUUUUAGCAGAGCACUGCUUCUACUCAGUGCACUCUUAAUGCUUUCCAUAAUAACGUCCCUCGGUCGUAGGGGAGAAACUCUAAAAUCACUGCCAGAAAUCAGCAAAACAUCUGAACAAUUUUCCGCAGUUGCUGAAGCUGAUAUGAUGGCACAACAGUACCGGCGGGAACUCUUAGAGAAACGCUGUAUUAGCACAAAGUCUUUGAAAACAUUCGAUUAUCUCAUCGAACGCCCAUGGCUGCUCCGCUGGCUUAUCUACAAUGAUGAACAUCGACUGAUGUACUGCUACGUUCCAAAGGUUUCCUGCACGCAGUGGAAGAAGCUCUUUGGUAUACUGUCCGGAGUGUUUCCAAACGUACCUUUCAAUAGCAUAAAUUCUGGACAUGCGCACGAGCCAAACCUUUUCCCUAGCCUGGCACAACUCCCCGAGCCCGAAAUACGCCGCCGGCUGGAGACGUACACCUCCUUCAUGUUCACGCGGCACCCCCUCGAGAGGAUGGCCUCUGCUUACCGCGACAAACUAAGCCCAGGCAAUACCGUAUAUCGCCAGCAAUAUGCGGCAAAGAUAAUGGGUCAGCCCAACGGCAGCAUUUCAAUUCACAAUCGCCAAAAUACAUCCCUCCCUCUAGAUGAGCUGCCGACGGUCACAUUCGAUAAGUUCGCUGAGUGGAUAGUUCGGGCGGGUCCUGUGGACCUAGACACGAACAGCAAGAAAGCGCAGCACGACGAACACUGGCGUCCGAUGGUGGACCUGUGCCACCCGUGCACCAUCCCGUACACGGUGCUCGGCAGGACGGCCACCCUCGACGAGGACGCCCGGCUCGUGCUGCGGACCGCCAACAUCACCUCGGUCAAGUUCCCCGAGGGGUACCGGUCGGCCACCCCGGGCGUCACGGAGAGCCUGGUGAGCACUGUGCCGUCGGCCGUGCUGAAGGGCGUGCUGCGACACUACCUGCACGACCUGUUCCUGUUUGGAUAUCGUCCGCAGGCUGUCUUCCAUGAAAACGCGACGGCUCGCGAUAUCACCCAAAACAUGUAUGAGGAACUUCUGGCAGAAGCUAUGAUGCCGCACACGUGAAUAUGAUGUGUUUACUGAUCAGCGUCACCCUGAGCGGGCGCCGUAAAGAAAACCGUGUCUCUUCGGUGGGAGGGGUUUGUAAACCAAUCGGUGCACACAUCAGUAUACACGCAGGCACACAAAGACAUACAAACACACAUCGUUGACCUUGACCUAGCUUGACCUGAAAUGACCACAGCCAGUGAAAACCUAGUCGGAUAGUGUGACAAAGAGCUGUUCUAGCUGGCCUGGCACAAUGUAACUUAUACCACAAAAUGUAUUUUGCAGUGGCUAAGAAUUGACUGAACUUGGACUGAAAUGCCAUUUCCCAUUAUUUUCCAUCAGAAUUUACCAAAUAUUUUAAUUUUGGGGUAGAGUAAUAGCAAAUAGAAUUUCGGUCAAAUUUCGGUCAAAUUUUGGCUUGGUAACUAUGUUAUCGGUCGGUAUUCGGUCGGAAAUUUUUUUCCAAAAGUUUGGUUUCUGUCGGUAUCGGUCAGACAUUUUUUUUUUUUGGAAAAUGACACCACCAUGUAUGCGCGGAACUAGGUUCGACCAUCGCCCUGUGAUGACUGCCUAUAUCGCCCACGUCCGGUCGGUGAUUGAGUAUGCCAGCAUCAUAUGGUCAGGGGCUGCUGUAACCCACAUGGCCCGCCUAGAGCGUCUCAAUCACCGCUUUCUUAUCCCGCGAGUUGCUGGGGGGGCGUUAAACGCCCCCACUUUUUUCGCCGGGCCAUAGCAUAACAACGGCGCACCGCAGGCGCGCCAAAUUUUGGGUACCUGUAGGGAAUUGAUUGAAGUUUAUUGUGACAAAGUUUCAAAAAAAUCGGUCGGAAAUUUUCUGAGAUAUCGAGGUUUUAGUGACGUCAUGAUUUCUGAGUUUUCGACCAAAAACGGCAUAUGUUCAAAAAAUCAUAUAAAAUCAUAGAAUAGACAUAUAGACAUGCCGUAAACGCCAUUAGACUGCCAAUACCAUGUUUAAUCAAAUGGCUAUCUUCGAUUAUUGAUUAUCGUUCCGCAUUUUCCAAAAUCUUGAACUGAAUCUUGGCAAUUUUUCGUGACUACUUCACGACCAUGAUACAUGAAUUUCUUAAAUUGAAGUUUUUGAGCCAAACACGUACACAUAUGAUAAAAUGAAUGUCACCAUCGUGUUCUACGCCCCAAAUUACCUAUAAAACAUGUGUCACAGGCUGCGAAUAUCAGUUUUGAUUUUCGGGGAUAUGUGCCUACCCGGUUGACCUGACCUUGACCCUGACCUAUGCUUGACUGACCCCUAUAUGGAGCUGACACUCUUGUAGGUCUUAUAGGGUGGAUCGUGCACCGUUUUGACAGAGUUUAUGGCGAGAGGCGCCCAUUGUGAAGUCCUGAAGUCCAUGCUACUGAAAGCCCGAUUUCAGGUGUUUGACCUGACCUUGACCCGACCUGUGACCUCAAAAUUCAACUUUAAAGUACUCAUCUGAAGCGUCUCGUCGCGCUCUUUUGUUUGCCGCCUCGUGCGUUUCGCUGCGCCUAUUGGUUCUCGAGUUAUCGGCUGGGGGCGUUUAACGCCCCCCCCCCCCCCCAGCAAACGGUGGGUGGCGAAAUACCCCAGCAACUGCCGGGUUAUGUGGCUAGCUGCAAAAACACAGGGUAGGUGUCCUUCUAUGGACUACCAAUCCCUUUUAAAUCACUUUAGAUGUCAGUCAAUUAAGGCACGCAUGACACAGGCCGAUAUAACUUUUAUGCGUUCUAAUGUUCUAUCUUUAGCGGCCGGAUUGACUGUCACGAGCUGGUGGCGAAAUUCAGCCUUGUCACUCAGGUUAGGCGUUCUCGGCACACAGGCCUUUUCAUGUCCCAUUUGGCAGAGUUAACGCUGUGAAGUGUGGCUUGUUUAUUCGACUACCCAACCAACUAAACAAAUUCUUACACGAGCAUUCGGAGGCCGACUUCUUCCAGCCGUCAUGUCAUUGGAGAGCACUACUGCUCCGCUUUGCGAGUAGUCAGGGCACUUUUAAUGAGUGAUAUCGACUGAUGUCAGCCAGUACUCUUUGCUACUUACUUUCUGUGAUCGCGUCUGGUGAAUGUGUAUGUAUGCUGGGAGGGGAUUGUAUGUGUGUAGAGGGAGGACGGAGCGGGUUGAAUGCCUGAGGGGCUGGGAUGGGAAAUUUUAUUGCGACUGCAGCCUUAACCCUCGCCCGCACAUGCCAUUUUCCCAUCCUAGAACGCACAUGGGGGGGGGGGUUGCCACCCCUCGCGCCAUUUCGAUCCUGUUGGAGAUAGAGCUUAGCGGUAAAGACCAAAAAGAUUCUUUGGGAAGAGACAAAUCCAAUGAUACCCAGUUUUACCUUCUCAGGUCAGUCAUUGACCUUCCAGGUCAGGUCAAACUAAAAAAUGUUGCUGUUUUGGGUCACCGUUUGAUAUCAAGUGCGCUGCUUAUCAUAUACCGAUGACGAUGCCGUUUUCUGGUGCCAAGCCAGCUAGAACCUCUUUCUCGCACUACCCGACCAGGUUUUUGCUGCUGAGGUCAUUUCAGGUCAAGUUAGGUCAAGGUCAAUUAUAUGUGUUUGUAUGUCUGUGUGUGUCUGUGUGUAUACUGAUGUGUGCACCGAUUGUAUAUGUGUCCAUAUUACAUGAAAUCAUGAUCUGAGAAGCUUUUACCAAAAAUGCAGUCAAAAAACUUCACAAAAAGUAAAUUCCGCUUGCCUAAAACGUAAUUAUCUUAGAUGACCUAGGUUGACCUUGACCUUGACCUUGACAUCUGUACAUCGUCGAACAACAUGUUCCAUGAUAGGUGGGAGGUAAGACUGGUAAAAAAGGCCGAAAUCAAGGUGUCAAAAGCUCACAAGGCCCAUAGCCAACGCAAGAUGUCGAGAAUUGGCCAUUUGGGUCAUGACAUGACCUGAAAAACAAGGUCAUAUCUCCGAAACCAAAAGUUACAAACCUGAAAUUUUCAGUGAACAUCAAGAAAGGAAAGAGGAGCAGCUAUACGAAAAAUCAGCCUUCUAGCUCUAAAAAUGUUGAGUGCAGAGCAGAAAGACUACCUGGGGGGGGGGGGGUGGCAACCACCACCCCCCCCCCCCCAUGUGCGGGCGAGGGUUAAUGUGGGCCUCGGCCUGUGGUUGUUAUGAAAUAAAUAAACAAAUAAACCACAA